CGUCAAUCAUUUUAAACAGCUGUAAACACACCGGCAAAAUGCUUCCUAAAAAGAUUCCCGCAAAAAUAACACCUAUAAAGGUGCCCAUAUUCGAACUGCCGGAAAUAGUGUUGGUGGACACCGUCAUUAUAAGCGAGAAGUUUGCUCGCGACAACAACAUUUCAGUGUCGGCAACAAUUAGCAAAAGCCUAGCGAAUAAAAUGCAAAUCUCCAAAACUGAUGAUGCCCAUAAUAUACAACCUGCUCGGGCGACCAGUUCCAAUGCCAAUCACCCAGUUGUCACCACAAAACAAAUGAAAGAUCGAGCAGUAAUGACAUUACCUCCAGAGAAUUCGCUUCCUACGCGUGGUCGAGAGAUGCAAACGGAUUUGAAGACAACAGUUGAUGUGGCCAUUCAAUGUGAACGCGAUUUGACAGAUGAAUGGGAACUGGCAUUCGAGAAGCCAGCAACAACAGCAUCUGAAGCUGAAGAGGAACGCCAAUUUCUUAAGUUGGUCAGCGAAAAUACAAACAUAUUUCCCAAUGGAAUGCUAGAAUGUCGCAUCUGUGGUGAAAUCGCCAGCUUACUGCAGGAGCAUCAGAGCCAUUUGGCCGUGCACUGGGCACCGCGUGCUCUCUGCACUGCGUGUGGCAAGAUGGUGCGCAACGAGUUCUAUAUGUCGCAGCACAACUUGAUUUGUCCAGCACGUCCUGCCAAAUCGAAAAAAACAAAAAGGUCCUUCAAAUGUCCGCAUCUACAGUGUGGCGUCAUGUGGAGUAGCCGAAGUGAGCUGGCCAAGCACAUCGAGCAGCAUUCUAAUGAGAAUCUCUAUGGGUGCCAGCAGUGCCGUAAGAGAUUCUCUACAAUGGCAAAUUUCGUGUUGCAUCGACUGCUAAAUGCUGCCUGCUGCAAUGCCAAACUCUUUAAUCUGUCCAAGCAAUGGUCACGUUAUAGCAGGAAAGCGGCGGCCAAGCGAUGCACUAUUUGCAGUCGACAAUUUGGGAGUUCAGCAAGUGCGGCGUGGCACAAGAGAAGAUGCAUGAUGGCCUAUCAGCAGCGCAUAUUGAAGUUUUUCAAGAAAUAGCAGGAAAUGCAUUUAUGUUUGUUAUUAGUUAAGAGAAGGAAAAGUUAAAAAUAUGAUCUGAAUAUAAAUCCUGAUUUUUCGAAUCAUUGCAUAUAUGUAUGAUUAAGUUACUAUGUUAAUUGUUAAGCAAAGGCUGCCAUCUUAAGAUUUAAAAGUCUUGCAACAUGAAUUUGAAGUUUUUGGUUUAAUUUGUAUUUAAGUGAAAUAAUAAAGAAUGUUUUGAUUA